UUAUGGUUUUGUUUAUUCUUGAUUUUUAAACUUUUCAUAUUAAGCCAGAUCAUUAGAAACACUUAUAAAGGUAUCGUAUUUCGUUGAAGAUUCACAAGUCUAAAAUUGUAAAAAUUAUAAAAAUAUUUAAGUGAAAAUAUAUGUACACAUGUUUAGAUCUAACUAGAGUUUUAAUUGUAUAUAUAUUGCGAUUUGUGUAAAUAUAUUUUCUAUGGCUUGUUGUGAAAUCAACGAAACUCAUAUUAGCAAACUUCCCGCUAAUAAUAAUUACAUUUAUGUGUUAUCUGAUUGGUCUGGUAAAAAUAUCGGCGUUAAAGUAUUGGAAACUCAAGGACUUAAAAAAUGGUUUGGCACAAUCACUGAAGAAACAAUGCAUGCGUCAGCUAAGGAUCUUAGCAUGAAUUUGACUGAUUUUAAAGAUGAAUGCAAGUUAGCAUUAACAACUAAUAAAGGAAGAGAAGGAUUUAACUACAUUUUAGAAGAUGGAAAAUUUAAAUUACAGAAAUGCAAGAGAUUCAAGACAACUUAUUUUGAAAUUGAAGUUCUUGAAACUUUUGAGGAAUUUAAAAUGAUGCUCCUGGACUAUUCCUUAGAUAUAAAUGAAAACUUGAUUGCUCUUUUAUCAAAAAAAGAUGAGACGUUGAACACUUUUAAAACGGAAAUGAAUAAUUUAAUAGCUAAAUAUCAAAAAUGUAAAGCGGAAAAAGAUGAUAUGGAAAUUACGUUAUUCAGCAAAUUUGCUUUGCUUUUAAACUCAAAGAAGAAUAGAAUAAUAAAGUUAGAGAAUAUUUUAAAAACUGAGGGUAUUUCUGUUAAAUAUAAUUCCAAAAGAAAAAUAAGUGAUGAGUCAACAACAAUAAAAAACGACGAUGAUGAAUUUGAUUUAUUUGAAAACAAUUCGGAUAACGCAAUUUUUGAUGCUCAAACUCAAGUUAUAACACCCGAAGAAACGCAAACGUUAAAUAUUUUAAAUUUGCCGAAGAGACAAAAAAUUGUAGAAUCCUUGGAGCAAAACACUUCUGAUGAAUUCAGUUGUAAAAAAGUUAAAUCACUGGAAAAACAUCCUUUUCAAUCAUGUAAAGACAUUGCAACUACAUCUUCAGGAAUGUCACCUAUUUUAAGAAGAGAAAAUUCAAGUGAAGAUUAUUUUGCUAAAAUUAAAUUUGAAUUUGAAUCAGACAUGAAUUGUUAAAAAAGUGUUUUGGAAAAUACAGUAAUGUUCUUACAUUUUAAACUACAAUUGCAAAUUAAGAUCCUUAAAAAUUU